AUGAAGCCCCAGGACUAUAUCAACAGGGGCAGGGCACUUGCCGAUCAAGACAAGCAUGAGGAGGCGAUUCUUUGCUACGAAGCCGCGAUUUCACGGAUGACUUCCUUGGCGGACUCCCCAGUGGUUUCGGAGAGCUCGCAGGCUCUGUCUACUCCUCCUCCUACGCCGCAAGACGAAGUGAACGUUGACAUGGUGAGCGCUACCCUAGGAAAAGCCAUUUCGCUCGGCAAGCUGGGCAGAAACCCAGCAGCGACAGAGGCCAUGGAAGCGGCUCUUGAGCUCGAUCCGAGGAACACAACCACUCUGAGUUACCUUGGACUUCUACGGGUGAUCGUCUUGUGCGGGGAGGGUCAGGAAUCAUGGAAGAGCUUGCAGAUCAGGGAGAAGAAGUUCAAUGAGGGAAUCGAAUGCUACCGGGAGGCCCUGUCGAUAGACCCGAAUUGUACCAUUGCGGCGGAGGGAUUGGCAACGGCGCUGACAGAUGAAGGGACAAGACUGAAACUCCUCGGGCAGGGAGAUGCGUCGUACCUCAAGUACAAAGAAGCUUCACAGAUCUGCCCAUGCUAUGCGCCAAGUCAUUACAACCUAGGGAUCGUGUUGGCAGAAAGAGGCCUGGUCGACGAAGCUAUACAGGAGUACAAGAGGGCGCUAGAAUGCUGUCCGAGAUAUGCCGAAGCGCACAACAACAUCGGGGUUCUCCUCAAGGGGAGGAACCAGAUUCAAGAGGCGAUCGAGUCGUUCAAGGCUUGUCUCGAGCUCAAUCCAAAUUUUCAGCUUGCACUGCAAAACAUCUCACUUGCUCUCUCUGACCUCGGGACUGUUGUCAAAUCUCAAGGAAUGAUCGAUGAUGCCAUCAACUUCUACAAACAGGCACUGCUCUACAACCCCAAGAGUGCUGACGCCAUGUACAACCUCGGGGUUGCAUACAUAGAGAAGAAUGAGCCGGAGAAAGCCAUCAUCUGCUACGAGCUCACUACUCAGAUGAACCCCAGAUGCGCGGAAGCAUACAACAACCUCGGAGUCAUCUACAAGGAUUUUGACAACCUUCCCCGUGCUCUUCAGUGCUACGAGUCCGCUCUCCGAGUCAAACCAGCGUUCCCGGAGGCUCUCAACAACAUGGGUGUCGUCUUCACCAUGAUGUGCCAGCCGGAAGACGCCUUCGCAUACUUCAACGCGGCCUUGCAAGUGUAUCCCAACUACUCGGCGGCUUACACCAACCUUGGAAAAUUCUUCCAGGACUCUGGAGAUGCCGAGAAAGCUAUCCACUACUACGAGAAAAGCCUCGAGAUCUACUCUGCCGCCCCAAACUCAGCCCACAACAGACUGCUGGCCCUGAACUAUUCGGUGACGAGGAGCCGGGACGAGAUCUCAGCGGCGCACGAGCAGUGGGGGAGGGAGAUUCGGUUGCAGGCAGGGCCGAAGAAGAACAGCUGGAAGAAUGUGAAGAAGGUGGAGAGGCAGAUCAAGGUCGGAUACAUCUCCCCGGACUUCAACAAGCACUCGGUCGCCUACUUCUUCGAGGCGGCGCUGAGGUGCAGGAGCAGAGAAAACUUUCACGUCACUUGCUACUACGCCGCGACCAAGGAGGACGUGAUGACGAGGAGGCUGCGCGAGAUGUCCGACUCGUGGGUGAAUAUUGCCAGCAAGCCUCCAGCUGUGGUCGCGCAAAUGAUCGAGGCUGAUCAGAUUGACAUUCUCGUUGAGCUCUCGGGUCACACAGCUUCCAACCGCCUCGAUGUCCUCGCACUCCAUCCAGCUCCAGUCCAGGUCUCUUGGAUCGGGUAUCCCAACACGACAGGCCUGGACACCAUCGACUACAGGUUCACAGACGACAAGGCAGACCCUCUGGACACGACCCAGAAGUUCACCGAGGAGCUUGUCCGGCUUCCCGACUCUUUCCUCUGCUACACCCCAGCAGAGGAAGCGGGACCCGUUGCCCCACCCCCCUGCGAGGCCCUGCACUACGUCACUUUUGGAAGCUUCAACAACGUAGCAAAGAUGAAUGGCGGUGUUGUCAACCUAUGGGGGAAAAUUCUUGCGUCUCUGCCAGAUUCCCGGCUUCUCCUCAAGUCACGAGCCUUCGCUGCAAGUCAAGUCAGAGAGAGUUGUGUCUCAGCUCUAUCAGAGUUCGGCGUCUCCAGGAAUCGCAUCGACAUGCAGAUGGUGAUGUCGAGCACGUCGGAGCAUCUCGCCGCCUACUCCCGCAUGGACAUUUCUCUCGACACGUUCCCUUACGCCGGCACCACCACGACCGUUGAGGCUCUUCUGAUGGGCGUCCCUGUCAUCACCCUACAGGCACGUGGAGACAACGCGACCCACUCGCAGAACGUCGGCGUCUCGCUGCUCACACAGGUCGGGCUUCACGAACUGAUCGCCAAGGACGAGGACGAGUACUGCGACAUCGCCGUGCAGCUUGCCAGGAGCCCCGAGAGGAUCCGCAGCUACCGCGACACUCUGCGCGACCGACUACUCUCCUCGCCCCUUUGCUCGGGCCAGGCGUUGAUGAGCAACGUGGAGGCUGAGUACAGGAGGAUGUGGACGAGGUAA